AUGACAAAAGCAUGUCAUCAACUAUUCCAAGUAAACAAGAAUCCAUCAGAUCCUGAUAUUGAACAAGCUUUCAAAUCACAAGUUCAAACGGAUUGUUCUCAAAAGAUGCAGGAGCUUAUCAUUUCAAACGAAUGGAUCAAUUUAUGGAAUGCUAAUCAAUUUGCUAGUCCUGAGGAAGUUAGAUGUUGGAAAAAUUCGGAAAGAGUUAAAAAAGCAAGACACAAUCUCUGGAAUAAAAUGGAUGAUAAUGAUCCAGAUUCACCAUUUGUCAUUGAGGCUAUUUUACAAAAAGCAUUUACUAAAGGAGAAUUGCAAAAUCAAGACAAUAUCAAAUUUAGUAUCACGGUAGCACUGAUGUUUUUAGAUCUGACUUAUAAUCAGGUUGAGAUUUUGUCCUCAAAAGUACAAGAACGUAUGAACCAAUGGGAUUCUAAUCCAAUUAUACAAAGAUGGGUAAAAGAUGACGGAAUAGAAGAACCGUUAGAAGAUGGUAGAAUAGAAGAACCGUUAGAAUAUGACAUAAUGGAUCAUAAUGGUAACAAAUCAUUUGUACCCUCUGAUAAUGAGUCUGAGAAUUCUAAUGGUCAAGAGAGCGAUUCAUAA